AUGGCAGAGCCUACACGUCGAUCGUCACGCGUAGCGAAACGAGCGCAAAAGUCUGAAAAGAAAAAGCCGACUCCUUUGAAGCCUUUGCAGGACGCCUCUAGUCGCCCACAAUAUCGCUAUUGCUGGGGGCCAACCAGCCAGCGCGUUCCCAUCAUCUGCAACGGCAGUAUGUUCGAGGUCUCCCCUAGCCUGCGGGAUGGCCUGCAGCAAUUGUAUCAGUACAGUAAAACAUCAGGAAAUUCAUGGUUCUGGGUCGAUCAAAUUUGUAUCAACCAAGAAGAAGGUCUAGAGCGUACACAUCAGGUCCAGCUCAUGAACACAAUCUACUCGUCGAGCAUAAGAACAGUCAUAUGGCUCCCCCUCGACGAACCUACCGUAGUCGCAGCGAAGUCACUGAUACUUGAUUUCCGGAAAAUUCUUGUGGCAAGAGGGGAAAUACGUGCAGAAAUUGAAGAACGAGAAGGUGUUGUUGAAGAAGUGUCCAGUCAAGCCACAGUCAAAAUUAUGCCGAGCAGAGAAGAUGGCAGAUGGCCAGCGCUAAGAGAAUUACUUGGGCUUCCAUGGUUUCAACGAGUCUGGAUUAUCCAAGAGGUUGCUUUGUCUACCCGACCUGCAAUCAUGUUAUGUGGUACACAAAAUCUGUUAUGGCCAGUCCUUUAUGAAACAAUAGGAUGGAUGUAUAGACACCCCUUGGAAGUAAAUUUUGUGCUUGGAUCGUCCGAUGUUGAGCGCUUGGGCAUCAUCGGGAUGAAAACAACGUGGGUGGACGGCUCUGACCAGGUUACCUGGGACCUUCAAAGCCUUCUCCUGCUCUCGGAAAAUGCUCUUGCUACGGUUACGAACGACCAAGUAUUCGCAUUGCUAGGUCUGUGCAGAGAUACACGAGAGCCUGAGAAUUGGCCUGUCGAGUUAAAUCCGGACUACGAUAGACCACAGGCAGAAGUCUUGAUGAGUGUGACGAGGUAUUGCAUACGCCAGAAUUGCAAUUUGGAUAUGUUACAUCUCGUUGAUGCCACAGCUGGUGCAUUGGACGAUGGAAAUCCUUCAUGGGUACUGAAAUUGGGCCUUUACCGGCAGCGGCUUCGUAUUGAUACUGCUCAAGUGUUCACACACUCGAAUCAUAGGACGCUGGAAACAGCGUAUAGCGACGUAUCAAAUGGUCUACAUCCAGCAAUCGAUGACAAGACCGCACCUGAGAUUCUUCGUCUGCGUGGUACACGUGUUGAUAAGGCGAUCCUAUUUUGCAGAAGUUUCGUGUACGAUGACUUUUGGGACUCAAGUGGCGACAUAAAGAAGGGUAACCUGAGGUUGCGCGAUGAUAUCAGAGCUUCUUUGGAGUUUUGUGAAGAAAACUUGCCGUAUAUGCCGACUUCGGAAUUGCGAAGAGCUUUCUUCUUGGCUACGACGAGAGGUUUGACGCCAGAGUGGAACGAUGCGGUGGAUGAGCCCUUGAUUCAUUUUGAAACAUUCCUUGGAAUCCGAGAGGAAACCAUGGCAGAAGUCAAUCAUGCUCCUUGGGGCAGGCCGGAUCCGGGUCGGUAUUCCUUAAGGCUUGAUGCCAUGAAAGGUCGUCGCGUUUUCAUAACAUCUCAAGGAAGAAUUGGUGCAGGGCCGGAUCACAUGGAACCUAACGAUGUCAUUGCCGUCCUAUUCGGUGGUCAUUUCCCGCUAGUGCUGAGACGAAAAGACAACGGACAGUGGAGGUUUAUUGGCCUAUGUUAUAUCCCUGGAUUGAUGAAAGGCGAAGCACUUCAAGGCGAUGGAGCAAAGGAAGAAAACCAUGAGUGGUUUGACCUUAUCUGA